AUGGCCACCACAAGGUCUGGAUAUUCUUAUGCUGGGAGCCAUGAUGUCGAUUACAGUGUUCAAUAUACAGGAAGCAGCUACUAUUUAGAUUAUAAAGAGCCAAGAUGGUGCUAUCCGUUGAGUGUAGAAAAUGGUGACGUAGAAUGUCGCUCACCAAGGGGUGCAAACUACAGAAGCACACUUGGAACACGAUGUCGAAUACUUUGUGAUAGAGGAUACCGGUUGCUAGGCCGAAGGCAUGUCGAAUGUACAGUGACCAGGUACUGGUCUGGUAUAAGCCGAUGUAAAGAGGUGCGUUGUUAUUCACUUCCUGCAUUUCCAUAUGGAUCAUAUGUGUGCUCCAAGGGGACACGCGUGGAUUCCCAGUGUGAAUACAUAUGUGAGCAAGGAUACCAACUGGAAGGAGAUAGAAUGAGAGUGUGCCUGGAGAAUGGCCAGUGGAGUGGAAGUGAACCUAUGUGUGUUGAUUAUGAACCUCCAAGGAUAAAAUGCCCAGGGUCCAGGGAGAAGGUGGCUGAACCGGGGCAGCUGACUACACGUGUAUAUUGGGACUCACCGCGCAUAAAAGAUGUAGCUGAUAAACACAGUACUAAAAUAGUUCUGAGAGGACCACCCUCAGGUUCUGAAUUUGGAAAGGGGGAACAUAUUAUUCGCUAUGUGGCGUAUGACAGAGAGAGGAACAAAGCCUCCUGCAAGUUUACUGUCACAGUUCAUGUUAGAAGAUGCCCUGUCCUGAAGCCGCCUGUCCAUGGUUACAUCACUUGUACAUCGGCUGGUAAUAACUAUGGGGCAACCUGUACUUACACAUGUGAGGGAGGCUAUGAGCGACAGGGAAUCUCCAAAAGGGUGUGUCUGUUCAAUCGAAGCUGGUCUGGAGUGGCGCCAUCUUGUGUACUAAUCGAAAUUAACGUUGACGUGAAUUCAGUGGCUGCUCUCAUGGACCAGUUUUAUGAGAUGCAGCGUCUCUUCAUCAUAUCCUCUCCAAGUCCAUCUGAUAUGUACUACAACCUACAAAUAAGCAUGCUACAGGAAGCUGCCUGUGGUCUGGAACUGAGACAAGUAACAAUAAUAGAAUUGGUUGGAAAUCCACCAAGAGUAAUGGGACGUAUAAAGGAACAGGAGCUUUCUUCAGAAAUUGUUGAUCAACUCAGGCAAGUCUAUUACUUAUCCAGUAUGCACUUUAACGCUGUCCUGGUUGACAAAUAUGGUACAGACAGAGAGCGUUACAUUCAACCAGUUGCAUCCAGUGAGCUGUUUCCAUUCAUAGACAUUUACUUACUCCAGAAGGAGGAAAAAACUAUUCUGGAGCAAAGAGAAAAUUUCUGUAACUAAAACUCAAACUUGACAAACGUUUUAUAUAUUUUUUACCAUCAACAAAGUGUAUUCAUACAGCGCUUGUGUAAUAGUUUAUUAUCUUAAAACACUUCAGAGGACUGUUAUCAAACAAAAUUUGACACCAAGUGCCAUAGGACAUAUUAAUAUAGAUGACUAAAAUCGUGGUCAAAGGGUGGAAUUUUAAUGAGCCUCUUAAAAGAGGGAAGAGAAGUGGGGAGUUUUAUUGAAAAAGAUUCUCCAAGCUUAGCAUCUUGGUAGCUGAAGGCUGGUGUGCUAAUAAUGGAAGUAUUAAAAUUUUGGUGAUGCUCGAUGAAGUCAGAUUGGAGCAAUGCAGAUGUCAUGAAGAUUGUAGCGCUGAGUCAACUUCCUCAUCAAAUUGCGUGACCUGAGUCUCAGUUGAGAGUUGAUCUAUAAAGAUUCAUCCUUUCCUCAACUUCUGAAAGGGCCAUUUCUGUCAUUCAACAAUGAAAAUACUUGUUUUUUUACAUUCAUAAAAUGUACCAAAACUGAUUUUCUAUAAUAGCAGAUGCAUUUCAAAUAUUUGCAGUAAUGUAAAUGUACAAAAUCUUAGAAUAUUUUCUAAAACAAAUGUAUUUGGGAAACAUGAGAUAACCGUUUAUCUGAUCAAGCCUGUUUCACUUAUUCAUUCAUGGGAUAUUGGCAUUGGUGACCAGGCUAAUAUUUAUUGCCCAUUCCUAAUUGCCCACAGGGCAGUUAAGAGUCAACCACA